AUGGCAUUCUCAACAAAAUCGGAUUUUCUUUUCAGAAAACCAGCAGAGUUCAGAUUUCGAUCCAAACAGAAUCAAUCCAACUCACCUCGGUACAAUUCUCCUUCUUCAACCCAAGAAGCGGAAACUCCUUCUCCAAAAUCGACACAACCUCAUCAGCCCCUCCCAGAAACAACACGGCUGGUCAAUGGAACCUCUACAGAGUCGGAGUCUCGGACAGGAGCGGUCGUUGUCGCGGCGGCCAGAGGGCUAGUUUCCUUGGUGCUCGCGGACCCAGUCUCGGUGGCUGGCGUGGUGGCAGCGAGUCGCAAUGGUGGGUCUUCUACCAAUCCCUCAGUGCGCGCAGAGGCGCGGGUUUUGGUCUCGUCGGAGAAUACCAAUGAGGUUUUGGAGAGUGGCGAUAAGGGGAAGAGUGAGGAGAGUGUUGUCGCAGAGAGAGAUGGAGGAGAUGCAGCGGCACGAGGAAGAAGUUCUGGUGGAUCAAAAGCUUCUCAGCAGAAAAUAAAAAAUCAAAUACAAUAUAAUCCUUUGAGGUUUCCACAAUCACCUUUUAAUCACCAUUACAAAAGUAUUGAAAGAGGAGCAAGAAAUGAAGAAAGCAAUACAAAUUAUGCUGUGAAAGCCGUCACUGUGCCAUCUUCUGAGUCAGAAUCUGAAGCUUCCAACUCCAAAAGCAUUGUGGAGUCUGUCAAAGAUUUCAUGGUCGUUUUGUACCAAUUUAUUUACCCUUACACCGUGUAUGCUCGAACAUCAGCUGCAAUUUCCGCGUCUCUCAUUGCAGUAGAAAAACUAUCAGAUAUAUCUCCAUUGUUUUUUAUUGGUUUGUUACAGGCUGUGCUACCUCACUUGUUCAUAGAUCUUUACGUUAAUGGAGUUAAUCAAUUGUUUGACUUUGAAAUAGAUAAGAUAAACAAGCCACAUCUUCCAUUGGCGUCUGGGAAAUUAUCCUUCACAAAUGGUGCCUUUAUUAUUGCCUCAUCUGCAAUCUUGGGUUUAGGGCUUAACUUGAUGAUAGGUUCUCCACCAUUGAUUUGGAACUGUGUGUUGUGCUUUGUAUUAAUCACUUGCUAUUCAGUGAAUUUGCCUUUCUUACGAUGGAAGCAAUAUCCGGUGGUGGCAGGAUUAUUCACGACUAUUAGUUGGACAUUGUUAUUUCCAAUUUCAUACUUCCUUCAUAUGCAGACGUUUGUGUUGAAGAGGCCACUUGUGUUUACAAGAUCAUUCAUUGUUUCUCUGUUGUUCUUGAGUUUCUACUCUGCUGGUAUAGCAUUAGCCAAGGAUAUACCUGAUGUAGAAGGAGAUACAAAACAUGGCAUUGAUUCUUUCGCAGCACGUUUAGGCCAGAAAAAAGUAUUUUGGAUUUGUGUUUUCCUUCUUGAAAUGGCAUUUGGAAUUGCCUUCUUGGCAGGAGCGUCAUCUUCGUCUCCCUUUUGGAUUAAAUUUGUCACGGGUGUAGGAAAUGUUGUUCUUGGUUCAAUUCUCUGGAACCGGACCAAAUAUAUAGAUGUGACAAGUGCUGCUUCCACUAAAUCCUUCUAUUCAUUUAUCUGGAAGUUGAUGAUGGUGGCACACCUUCUCCUGCCUUUAAUUAGAUAA